GAUUACGGGUGAGAUAAAUUUGAUAAAGAACGACCAUUUUGGAUUUUGGUUUUUCUAUCUUUACAAUUACUAGCAUUCGCAGAUUUGAUUCCUUUCUGGUCCAAUGGCGUCAUUCGCAGAUGCACCUGUAGGUGAUACAAAAACAGGAGAGAAAAUUUUUAAGACAAAAUGCGCUCAGUGUCAUACCGUUGAAAAAGGCGCUGGUCACAAACAAGGGCCUAACUUGAAUGGUCUCUUUGGGAGGCAAUCGGGUACCACUCCUGGUUACUCAUACUCGGCUGCAAACAAGAACAUGGCUGUGAUAUGGGAGGAGCCGACUUUGUAUGAUUAUCUGUUAAACCCAAAGAAGUACAUUCCUGGAACCAAGAUGGUUUUUCCUGGUCUGAAGAAGCCACAAGAGCGGGCUGAUCUCAUUGCAUACUUGAAGACUUCGACUGCGUCUUAAACCACAUCGAGUGCAGUUUUAACUUUGAUGGAUGAUUUUCAUACCAUAUUCUCUCUCUUUUAUUCUUUUCAGUCCUAAUAAUAAAGCUUUUACAGAUUAAAGCUGGUUAAGGCAUUACAUUGUUGGCGUACUCUUUGAGGUUCAUAGAGUUUGCUAGUGGCAUUGACAAUCGCACAAUUAUACGAAUUUUGUGGAUCAUGCUUGUAUUUUUGUUGUGUUGUAUUUAGCUUAUUGUAACAGCAAGAAUAACCCAAUUUGUUUGUUUUUUGAGAACUGUUUACAUGAAACUGUAACAGCAAGUAACAUCUCCUUUUAGGGCAA